AUGAAGCCUCUCCAGACUACCUUAACAGCCACCGCCCAACGAACGAGCAGCACCUCACCAGACCCACAAUCAAUCACAGUCGAGCGCCGCUACUUCCGCUUCGGUUUCAAAGCCUCUACCGCGCUGCAGCGUUCCCCCCUCGCGCACAGACUCGAGUCCCUUCCAACCUCAGAGGACAGUGUGAAGCACCAUGUAGCAUACGACAUCUACACCGGCCCGGGCGCCCCACCCCCGCCCCUCGGCGGCCCCGACGACCUCUACGUCAACCUGUCCGACGCCCUCCUGCACGCAAAACUCGUCGGUGGCUGGACAAAGUGGCCGGGCGUCACACAGCCCGCCAAGGGCUUCCAAGAGCUGCAGAAUGUCCUUCUCUCCCACCCGGAUUUCUCCGGUCUUGAUAUCCCACACACGAUGCGCUACCUCUGGUGCAACCCGCGCAGGGACAUGCUCGGGUGGUUCGACGAGUCCUUCAUCGCCAACAACCUCACGUUUCUCGGCAAGAUCUGGGCCAUGGCCUCCGCGUCGCAGCGGCUCCACAGGAGAUGGCAGAUCAAAGCAUGGAUCGAAAAUCGCGCGGCGUCUGCACGUCUCCAGGAUGCACUGAGCGACAUGGACAUCAGCAAUGGCAACAGCAACAGCAGUGAGACAGACAAGGACACCACGGCAGGAGAGAGACAUGCCGGCACCAACGAUGAUGCCACGCGCAAACACAAUGCAGAAAUUGCUCACACACCGUCCACCUCCCGCGCGCCUUGCAACCCGUAUACGCAAGCACCCACACCUCCCCAGGAACCACAGCCCGAGCCCCGCAUCACAGUAGAAACCCACUACAUCUUCUUUGGCCGCAGAGCAUCCGCAGCGCUAUGUUCCUCCCCACCGCUUGCAGACAAAAUCGAGUCCACCUCCGCAGAGCACAGCUGCAUUGUCAGCUACGACCUCUACACCUGCCUCCACAGCGGUGCCCCAGACCCAGCCCUCGGCUGCCUCGGGGACGUGUACAUCAAUCGGUCUGAUAAUCUCAUGUACGCAAAGCUUGUGGAUGGGUGGACGAAGUGGACAGGCAUUACACAGCCAAAGAAGGUGCUGCAGGCACAGCAAACCGUGCUCAUCCCUCACCCCGAGCUCGGCGUGCUCCCAGGUGGGUGCUUCCUGUGGUGCAACGUGCACAGGGACGUGCUCGGGUGGGUCGAAGAGUCCUUUGUUGCGCGCGCACGCAAGUACCUCCAGAAGCGGUAUCACAAAGUGUCCGCAUACCAGCGUCUGAACGGGCAGUGGAUGGGUCAAUCGGGCAUCGCAGAAUCGGACGGCAGGGACGGCGGGGAUGGCGGGGAUGGCGACAACGAUGGCGGCGAUGAUGAUUGUAAUACAGCAGAUGAAGAUUCAAAGGACGCUGGAAAAACUACACGUACAAAGGCGGAAAGCAGUGCAUGCCAGAAGAAGCAGUACAAGAAGUGUAUCAAAAAGCUCGAGCUGGAUUUAAAGCAAGUCCUCCCUUCUAGCUGGCUUAUUCGAUGCUACGACGGGACAGCCCAAGAACUUGCCUGCAGACAAGACAACACUAUUCGAGUGCAGGAGCAAGAACUUCAAUCCGUCCGGCAGCUUUGCGCGGAUUUGACGGGUGCUCAGCACUCAGCAACGGACCUUGGAGGUUCUUCCAGCCUCCUCUCAUUCCACAGAAGGCUCAGUGCUCUCCAGUGCUGA